CGCUUUGCUUAAAGUCACGGGCAGGGCUGGUGCUUGCUUUCAUUUUUCAAAGGAGAUCUUCCAAAUCGCUCUUCUGAUUUCGCAACGUACAGGCUUAGGCAACGCGAGGAUAUGAACAGUUAUCCAGGUGGGCUACGCAGAGGGAGUGAAGCGGAAAGACGUCCAAUCAGGCUUAGGCAACCCGCAGCCUGGUCCAAAUGCCUCUCCAGCGGAUCUCUGUAAUCCCAGCGCGGGAGACUACCAGCAAUGGGAGAAGUUCCCUAGGUAGAAACAAAGAGAAGAACAGGGAAGUCGAGAAUUUCAGAAAUUGAAAAGGGAUAAGUGGAAGGAGAAAAUGUUGGGCUGGUGCCAAGCGAUAGCUCGUAAUCCUCACAGACUCCCAAACAGCACAAGAACCCCCGAGGUCACAGGUGAUGCUUCACAUAUCUCUGCCUUGAAUGAGAAAUCUCCAGGGCGCUCAACAAGUCGAUCAAGUAACAUUUCAAAGGCAAGCAGUCCUACCACAGGAACAGCUCCCAGGAGCCAAUCACGGUUAUCUGUCUGCCCUUCUACUCAGGACAUCUGUAGGAUCUGUCACUGUGAGGGAGACGAUGAAAGCCCCCUCAUCACACCAUGUCGCUGCACAGGGACUCUACGUUUUGUUCAUCAGGCUUGUCUACAUCAGUGGAUUAAGAGCUCAGACACACGUUGCUGUGAACUCUGCAAGUAUGACUUCAUAAUGGAGACUAAACUCAAACCUCUCCGAAAGUGGGAGAAACUGCAGAUGACAACAAGUGAAAGAAGAAAAAUAGUCUGCUCAGUCACAUUUCACAUUAUUGCUAUUACCUGUGUAGUUUGGUCAUUGUAUGUAUUGAUAGAUCGGACUGCUGAGGAAAUUAAGCAAGGCAAUGACAACGGAGUCCUAGAAUGGCCAUUUUGGACAAAAUUGGUUGUGGUGGCCAUUGGGUUCACUGGAGGUCUUGUCUUCAUGUAUGUGCAAUGUAAAGUCUACAUUCAGUUAUGGCGAAGGCUGAAGGCAUAUAACCGAGUGAUAUUUGUUCAGAACUGUCCAGAUACUGCCAAAAAACUAGAAGAGAAAAAUUCUUCCACCAUUCAGAACACUGAAAUUAAAGACACUGUUGUGGUUCCAAUAUCACAGACAGAUACAAACUCUCAGCAGACAGAAGAAACUGUUUCUGAUGUCAUGCCAGUUUGAUGGAAGUAGCAUUCCUUUGGGAACAAAGUAAAACGCUUGUGUUAGCUACAAGAAAAAAAUCAAAUCCACAGAGUAUAUUUGAAAAAAGAACCAACAAGAAAAUAGCAAGGAAAAUUGAUAAUAAGAAGCUGCACAUUACCUCUGAAAUGUAACUGAGAAAUGUUUUUUCACCUUUCUUACUAAGUACAGUUAAAAGUGGAAGAAGAUACAGAAGCAAAAACUUCUAACAGGCAAAUAGAUAUGCCAACACCACUAUUGAUGGCUUAAAAGAACUGCACUUACAGAACUUCUACCGGUGUUCUGUUUACAAGGAGAAAACCUUUAUGUGUAUUUGCUACUAUGGUCUUUUUGCUAAUUAUUGUAAACAUGGGGGUGGGGAGAAUCAAAGCAAAUUUUUAAGAUUCUUAUAAAGGUAUGCAUCGAAGCACAAAUUAUGUUUGAUAAUGUGAUAUUUAAUGCUAAGGUGGUUACCCUAUAACAUUUAUGUAAAAACAACCACACUGUUAUGAAAUAAUAAUGGAUUUUGAGUAUUUGUAAACUAGAACAUUAGAAAUAUUUUUCUUGGUCAACAAUAGACACGGUAAUAAUUAACUGCAACUUCCCUGGCAAAUUGCUACAUUCAUCUGGACCAGCAACUUGGCUUGUAAUUAUUCUUAUACGGUAGAAUAUUAAAAUUGACAGAAUUUCCCUGCCACCUGUAAGAUUAUUCUGCUAAAGAUAAGUUAUGAAAUCAAAGUAUUAAGAGACCAGAGUACUUUUGUUUGCAAAAGUCUUUACAAUUUUCAGUAUAUAUUUAUUAGUGUGAAAUAUGCAAAAAAGAAAAAAAGUCUACAACCCAAUGUUUUCUUUUGUCUUAAAUAAGGAUAGCCUUGAAACAGUCAGUGUGGACAGCAUUCACAUGACGACAAUAUUUCUUCACUGUUAACUUAAUUGACAAUGUAUAUGCAGUAUCUUCUAUACAAGAGAGAAUUUAAUGAUUAAGGAUUCAAUAGUUCAUUUGAUACUAUUCUUAUUUUAAUACAUUAAUAUAAAAUAUGAGGUAUGGUUAAAUAAGAUGCUUAAAUUCGUAUCAGUAUAAAAGUACAGCCUGCAGGGAUCUCAAAGAAUUUGGCAUCCCAUUUCAGAAGUAUUUACCUCGGAGGCUUAAAAAAGUAAGAUAUUUACAGAAAAAUAAGUAUCUUAUUUAUACCACUAUUAUGCUUGUUGAUUGUACUGUGAGUUGUGCCCAAGUAAUGUGAGUUAUAGAAAAAAACAAUAAUAAGAGCUUAUGAUGAAAAAUUGCAACUGGUUAUUUCUAAAAGGAUUAUAAUUCAUGCUGCAGAUUUUAAAGAAAACCUUUUUUCUGAAAGUCUGAGCUGACGUUAUGUGUUUGGUCCAUCGAGAAACUGCAAAAGCAGGUAACUUCAUUAAGGUAAAUGGGCAUUUUCUCACUGAUGUCACUAAGUAGGAACUUCUGUUAUAAUAUCAGAAUUCUAGCUUGGCUGAAAACAUAUUAACCCUAAAGUUAGUAUUAUACAAUAUUAUAGAUAUGACAAGAAUUUAAAUGCUGGGAAGCUUUCGGAAAUGAAAAUUGGAUAACUGACCUGUAAACUAAGUCUUUCAGAUAAAGGGGGGGGAUGCUAUUAUAGUGUUUUGUGGUGUUUAGACCAUCGCAUAAUUUAAUACAGAUAACAGGACAGAUGGUAAAGAAGUCAGGUCACAAUCUGAAAUCAAAUUCAAACUGAAUGGUCUGCAUUUUUUUUUCUAAGCGACAUAGAUCAGGAUAUAAUUUAAUUAUAGUUUGGAGUGGUAAGUUGUGUUUCUUCUCCAACUAUAAAUAUUUACAAUAUUACUAUGCUUUGCAUAGAUGAUCACUAAGGCAUUAAGAGCUGAAAACUGAACUUACAUGCAACAAAAUGCACUUUCAGAAUAUUACAAUGUGAAUUUAUCAUUCCACUAAUGUUUCUGUCAAUUCAGACAGUCAGUUGCCCAAUUAUACAUUUUACAGAGACCAUACAAUGGAACCCAUGAAGAGCAAAAUUGUGUAAAAGGAUUAUCAUGCAUGUGGCAAAAGGUAAAUGACUGGUUAUUCAUAUAUCUCAGUGCCAGUAAAAUACUGGAUUCAUAGAAAUUUUGGCAUGAUUAUAUAGCAUGAUGGAUUGGGGAGAAAGGGUCUACAUUAUCCCCACCCCAAGAUUCAGAAAAAGCUUAUGAAAUAACUGCCAGCCACAGUUUCAAAACGAACACUGAUUUUGGCUUCAUUCCAUAGAACUGAAAAGGGAAUUAUUCAUGCUAUUUCUGAAACUUGAAGCUCAGAGAAACAGGUACUGUAUGAAGGAACAGUUUUCUCAGUUGUAUUAAAAAAAAAUGCUAUUUGUCCCACACAGAUUGCAAUAUGCCAUCUGUCUUUUCUGAGUACUAGAUAAAGAAAAACAUUACAAAAACCAGAAGAAUAUGUGGAAGAUACUGUCCUUUAAGAAAAAAAGCCAACUUUUAAAUGCCAACGUAUUUCCCCCCCCCCCCCCAAUUCUCUAAGUGGCUGUUAGGGGACAUUCUACUCCAGAUUAUCCUGCUGGCCAUAUAAGCAUAUCUAAACAGCCUACUGGUAUAAUUGCUACAGGUGGAAAGCAGUCAAGAGCACAGGUCAAUAUUGCAUUGUUGCACAGAUCCCCAGUCAUCUGAAAAUUAUCUGUCAAUUUCUGAAAACUGCACUGCAAUCUAUGAUGCAAAUAUUUUAUUAUGUAUAAUGAUUGGACCUGCAAGUUUGUUACUUGUUUUACCCAGUUCUCUUUGGCAAGAGCUUUUGUGGGUGAUUUGUGUAUUAAAAAGGUUCUUGGGUUGAGAAAAAAACUAACUGUUGUGGAACAAAUUUGUAUUUGUAAUAAACAGAUGACUCUGAA